GCUGUGCCAAGAGAAAUCUCAAUCAUUCCCAAUCUUACAUAUACGGAGACUGUAGGUGUAUGUAAGGAGAUAACCUAUGGAGAUAACAUUCGUUGCCCCGGAGUACAAAGCCAGUGUCAGAUCAGAUGACGCAUGCGCAUCAGCGUUCACAUAUCCACAAUGUGGCUGUACGCUGGUAGACUUUUCCAAUGGUUAAAUCAGCGACAAUACGUUUUGAUCUCCAAAGCAGUGUGUGCCCACCAGGUGCACAGUAGUAGCACUGGGUUUACCGACAGCUGUUAUAAUGGGCUGUAUCCUGGACAUAUCCACACCACCCCCAUCCAGAAAGCCGUGUUGGCUGUUGGGUCAGGUGUGGCCGCACUACACGACCCCCACAGACAUGACAUGGUUGCAGUGCUCGGGGAGGCGACAGGACACCUAGCAUUGAUAAAUCUCAGGGACAAGAUGAGAAACGACCCUGAAGGCUACACAAUCCUUAAAGAAAGGCCCCGGAUCCGGCUGUCUACACUUGAUCUAAGUGAUAUGGCCUCUCUGCCAGACGGAUCUUUUGGGAGAGAAUACCUUCGCUUCCUGGAGGACAAUGAUGUCACCCCCGACUCAAGGGCAGACGUAAGGUUUGUGGACGAUGAAGAGCUAGCUUACGUCAUGCAGAGAUACAGAGAGGUCCAUGAUUUGCUGCACACCUUACUGGGCAUGCCCACAAACAUGUUGGGUGAAGUGGCAGUGAAAUGGUUCGAAGCUGCUCAGACUGGGCUUCCUAUGUGUGCACUUGGAGCUGUGUUGGGGCCACUUCGGCUGAGUACAAGCCGUUUAAAGUUGCUGUUCACAUCCUUGGGCCCUUGGGCUCUGCGGAAUGGUCAUCGGGCCCGCUGCGUCCUCAGCAUCUUCUACGAGAGACGAUGGGCGCAGAGCAUCGAAGACCUCCGACAAGAGCUCAACAUAGAGCCACCUCCUGUCAUAGUCAGGGCUACCAAAAAGAGGAACACCUGAGAAAGACAAAAAAAAAAAAAAAAAAAAAGGAUGAAUGAAUGAUGCAGGGAUCACCGGACAAAAGACUUUUUAUUGCGGACAAACACAAAAUAUUUGAAGUGUUAUACUGUGGAGAAGAAUGCAAUUAACGACUGAGGAAAUGAGGGAAUUUCACAAUUGCCAAACUUUGGCGUGUCAGCUUUUACGUAGAAUUGUGAAUCAUUUUGAGUGAACACAUUUCAGCUGAUGAAAUGCUCCAGUUUUUUUGCUCUUCUGAUGCUUCUAGAUAGCAGGUCUUGGUCAGCAGGUCAUGUUCAGUCGCCAUUUGUUGUUGCAAUUGUGACAGAAAGUGGGUAUUUGUAUCAAGUACCAAAGUAAAUGAAAAUUAUUGCAUUACACCAUUGGUCCAUUAUUAUAAUGUUCAUGCCAAUAUUUCUGUGACAAUUUAUCUUGUUUAAUAUUGCUGUGAACUUACGACUAGUUGCUGCUUGCACCCAAUUUCAAUAAUUCUUUUAUCUUUUCUUGUUUUACUUUUAAGGGAGUCUAUUGUAACAGCUGACCAGGGACUACAGAUGAAAACUAGCCUUUUGGCUAAUUCUGGCAUUUUUUCAGAAAUGUUCAUUAAAAUGCACU